GGCUUGGCCAGCUACGGAGCUGGGGCCCUGCGAGGACGGCGGCGCGGAGGAGAAGGCGGACCGGAGGCGCCUGGGUCUGGGCCCUCGCGCCUCCCCACGGGCCCAGGUGUGAAACAUCAGUACCGGGACUCUUCAGAGAUGGCCAACGUGGCCGGAGUUGCGCAAAGGCAUCUGAGGAGGGGCCGUUUGCCCAGUUGGACACGAACGAGACAGCUUUGAAGGAGCGCCAUCACAGCCGCCUUGGAUAUGAGCGACUUGGCCAUCGAUUCAACAUCAACUCCUGAGGACGCACCACCAGAGGAGAUGCCGGCGGCGGGAGCGGUGACGCCCCCCCAGGGGAACAGCGGGGCUACGGCGACAGCUUUAGGGGUCAUCACGGAAGGGGUGGGCGAGCUGGCCGUCAUCGACCCUGAGGUGGCCAAGAAGGCCUGCGAGGAGGUUCUGGAGAAGGUUAAGCUGAUGCACUGCAUCUCCCCUGACGGAUCCAUCCGGUUACAAGAAGGCAGGGGCGGCCCCCGGCACCAGGACCCGUCCCUUCCGAACGGGGAAUGCUGCGAGAUCCGGUGUUUGGACGAUCCUCCCGAGGACAAAAUCCAAGAGGAAGAGGAGCAGCACCACCACCAGCAAACCCCGACAGGAGCCAGUUCGGUGAAGAGCGCCCGGCGCCGGCAGAAAAACAACUCGGCCAAGCAGUCGUGGCUGUUGCGGCUGUUUGAGUCGAAGCUCUUCGACAUCUCCAUGGCCAUCUCGUACCUGUACAACUCCAAGGAGCCCGGGGUGCAGGCCUACAUCGGGAACCGGCUCUUCUGCUUCCGCAACGAGGAUGUGGACUUCUACCUACCCCAGCUGCUCAACAUGUACAUCCACAUGGACGAGGACGUGGGGGACGCCAUCAAGCCCUACAUCGUCCACCGCUGUCGGCAGAGCAUCAACUUCUCCCUCCAGUGCGCCCUCCUCCUGGGGGCCUACUCCUCCGACAUGCACAUCUCCACCCAGCGCCACUCUCGCGGGACCAAGCUUCGCAAGCUCAUCCUCUCGGACGAGCUCAAGCCGGCCCAGCGGAGGAGGGAGCUGCCGGCCCUUGGCCCGGCCCCCGACACGGGCCUCUCGCCCUCCAAGCGGACUCACCAGCGCUCCAAGUCGGAUGCCACGGUCAGCAUCAGUCUCAGCAGCAACCUGAAGCGGACAGCCAGCAACCCCAAAGUGGAGAACGAGGAUGAGGAGUUGUCAUCGAGUACGGAAAGUCUUGAUAGAGCCUUUUGCUCCCCCGUCCGCCUGGCCCCCGAGCGCGAGUUCAUCAAGUCGCUGAUGGCCAUCGGGAAGCGCCUGACCACGCUGCCCACCAAAGAGCAGAAGACCCAGCGCCUCAUCUCCGAGCUCUCGCUGCUCAACCACAAGCUGCCGGCCCGCGUCUGGCUGCCCACCGCCGGCUUCGACCACCACGUGGUGCGGGUCCCGCACACCCAGGCCGUUGUGCUCAAUUCCAAGGACAAGGCUCCUUACCUAAUCUACGUGGAAGUACUUGAAUGUGAAAACUUCGACACCACUAACGUUCCGGCCCGAAUCCCGGAGAACCGCAUCCGAAGCACCCGCUCGGUGGAGAACCUUCCAGAGUGCGGGAUCACCCACGAACAGCGGGCUAGCAGCUUCACCACUGUGCCCAACUACGACAACGACGAUGAGGCCUGGUCCGUGGAUGACAUUGGUGAACUGCAAGUGGAGCUCCCCGAAAUGCACACCAACAGCUGUGACAACAUUUCCCAAUUCUCCGUGGACAGCAUUACGAGCCAAGAGAGCAAAGAGCCGGUCUUCAUUGCUGCGGGGGAUAUCAGGCGACGCCUCUCCGAGCAGCUUGCCCACACUCCAACGACGUUCAAGAGGGACCCUGAGGACCCAUCGGCCGUGGCCCUGAAGGAGCCCUGGCAGGAGAAAGUCAGGAGGAUCCGGGAGGGCUCUCCGUACGGCCACCUGCCCAACUGGCGCCUGCUUUCUGUCAUCGUGAAAUGCGGCGAUGAUCUCCGGCAAGAGCUGCUGGCUUUCCAAGUUCUGAAACAGCUUCAGUCCAUCUGGGAGCAGGAGCGCGUCCCGCUUUGGAUCAAGCCCUACAAGAUCCUGGUCAUCUCGGCCGACAGCGGCAUGAUUGAGCCCGUGGUCAACGCCGUCUCCAUCCAUCAGGUGAAGAAGCAGUCGCAGCUCUCCCUCCUGGACUACUUCCUCCAGGAACAUGGCAACUACACCACCGAAGCCUUCCUCACCGCCCAGCGCAACUUUGUCCAGAGCUGUGCCGGAUAUUGCUUGGUCUGCUACCUGCUCCAGGUCAAGGACAGGCACAACGGCAACAUCUUACUAGAUGCCGAGGGGCACAUCAUCCACAUUGACUUCGGCUUCAUCCUCUCCAGCUCCCCCCGGAAUUUGGGCUUUGAGACCUCGGCUUUCAAGCUCACCUCCGAGUUUGUGGACGUCAUGGGCGGCCUGGACGGCGACAUGUUCAACUACUACAAAAUGCUCAUGCUGCAAGGCCUCAUCGCGGCACGGAAGCACAUGGACAAAGUUGUACAGAUUGUGGAAAUCAUGCAACAAGGUUCCCAGCUGCCCUGCUUCCACGGUUCCAGCACCAUCCGCAACCUGAAGGAGCGCUUCCACAUGAACAUGACGGAGGAGCAGCUCCAGCUGCUGGUGGAGCAGAUGGUGGACGGCAGCAUGCGCUCCAUCACCACCAAGCUCUACGACGGCUUCCAGUACCUCACCAACGGCAUCAUGUGACCAGGCCCUCGCUCCUGUCGCCGCUUCUCCCAAAACGCGGGGCGCGGAGGAGCCUUCCCCGGAGAGAGAGGGGAACCGAAGGGCUCUUGAGGAGCACAAGACGUCCCGGCGGCCAUCUUUCCCUCGGAUUUCUUUUCAGACACCUGAGGUGGUGGCAUUGGGCGUUUCUGGGGGUUGGGGGAUGUUGGCCGUGGAAGGAGGAACCUCGAAAACCCUUGGGGAAAAAAACAGAGUGGGACGAGAAACAAAAACGUCUGGCUACUGGCUUGGGAAGUCGCCAGCCGGAAUGGAUCCGCUGGGAGAAAUGAGACAACAAAUCCCUCCCUCCCUUCCUCCCAGAUCUUUUUAUUUCAGUAUUAUUAUACCUCUUCACAUUCUCCGGACUCUUUCUCUUCCCUCAGCAUCUCACAACAUGUUUUCUUGGGGGUCCAGGUGAGAUGGGGAGGGAAGGAGGGAGCGAAAAAAGGGAGAGAAAGAAAGAAAGAGAAGAAAGAGAUUCGUUCUGGCGCAGGGUCAAGGAAUGCCGCUGUUUCUGAGCCUCCGUGUUUCUUACUUCCUUCCCCUCCUCCCCGCUUCCAACCAGCGCAUGUGGUGUUUUUUUUCCCCCCAUGUGUGUGCAUUUUCCGUCAAAACGAUUAAAUUCCCUCCCCUCCACUGUC